GGAUUAAUGCUCCAAGUGGUCAUGAUUUGCUAGGGAUUCUGAAAAGAUGAUAUUUGAGCGUCUACAAAAAGAAUUUGAAGCUGCAAGAGCUUCUCAAAGUCAAGAGAUUAAUUUAGAUGGUGAACAGUGGAAUGACGGGCUAUUAGCUACAAUAAGAGAGCAGGUUCAUAUGGAGGCUGAUAGAAAGGCCACAUCUGGAGACACAAACAACAUUCCAACAUCUCAUUUCCAAGAAAAGGUUACUUACAGAGUCGGAAACAAGGUGAUUUGUUGUUUGGAAGGGACAAGAAUAUGCAUAUUGUAUGAGACGUCUUUUGCAGAUGCUACUGAAGAAGUUUUUAUAAUUUGAUUAUUAGUAUCUGCAGUUAAUUAUUUAUUUGGCUUAUUGUAUGUAAAAAGUUAUUACCUCAAGCUAAGGCAUA